AGUGUCACUGGAUGCACAGGGCGAUCGCAUCGGCACGUCGUUUGAGAUAGUCAAUGCGGUCAACGGCCGGCUGCGCUCCAUUGGCUACUGGACCAAAGAGAACGGCCUCUCCUCGUCGCUCGAGCCCUCAUCGACAACCAAGGAUUCCAGCCAAUCGGUGCUGGCAGGCGUCAUCUGGCCCGGCGGGGUUUCAUUUCUGCCACGUGGCUGGUUCCCGCGUGCGCACACACCAUUGAAAAUCGCUGUGCCGUUCAAACAGGACUUCACGCAGUUUGUGCAGAUAGCCACCAACGACACCAUCACUGGCUUCUGUGUGGAGGUCUUUCGGGCGGCGGUGGGGCUGCUACCCUACACGCUGGACUUUGAGUUUGUGCCCUAUGGCGUUGGCAACCAGUCUCUCAGCUACACCGACAUGCUCCGACUUGUUGCAAACAAGACAUUUGACGGGGCAGUAGGGGACAUCACCAUCACACAGGAGCGCCAGCAGCUCGUUCAGUUCACACAACCAGUGCAGUCUGCCAGUUUGUCAAUGGCGGUGGCGCAAGAGCCAACGAGCACGGGGGCGUGGUCAUUCCUGACGCCCUUCUCGCUCACCAUGUGGCUGGUCAUCCUCGCAUCAACCGUCUUCACCGUCUUCGCCGUCUGGUUCCUCGAGAAGAACCAGAACGAGGACUUUUACGCCCACGGCAAGCUCUCCAGCCAGAUCAUCGAUAGUGUCUGGUAUGCGCUCACCACGAUCGUCUUUGCACAAGACAAGCCCAUUCAGACCACCAUGGGCCGCCUCGCCAUGAUGUGCUGGCUCUUCCUCGUGCUCAUCGUGACCGCCAGUUACACCGCCUCCCUCUCCUCCAUCCUCACCGUUCAGAACCUCGCUGCAACCCCUGAUAGCCUUGCUGUGGCAAUCUCUUUGAAGCUUCCUCUCGGUUACCACGAGGGGUCCUUCACCUACAACUACCUCCUGGCCAUCGGCAUCCCCGCUUCAGUGCUGUUCCCGUUGAAAUCCAUGGCUGAGUUCGCGGACGCCCUGGGCUCGGGCAAGGUGAAGGCGGUGAUUGACGAGGCGCCGUAUCUUGAUGUGUUCAACUCGCGCUUCUGCAGCUACACACGGGUCAAGGAGCAGCUCUCCACCUUUAACUGGGGCUUUGCGUUCCACAAGGACAUGCGCGUACCAUACGAUCUCUCCAUCGCCAUUUCAAAGCUGGCGCAGUCGGGGCAGCUGCAGAGCAUGCACGACUUCUGGAUCAAGGGCUCCACCUCCUGCUCCCUCGGGCCCUCCGUCUCCUCCACCAGCCUUGGCCCUGAGAAUUUCUGGACGCUCUUUGUGAUUUAUAGCGCGGUCGCGGUGCUGUGCUGCCUUGUGUACUGCGCGAUGUCGGCUUAUACGGGGUACAGGAUUCUGAGCUACUGCCGGAAGCUGGAGAAGGAGCUGAAGGAAGAACUGGAGGGAAGCAAAGCAGGGUCCAGGAGGGGCAAGGCAGAGGAAGGAAGCACGGAAAGCAGCAAGGGCACGAAGGGUGCAGGCGGGGUGUGGGGCAGCAUUCGCUCGGGGCUGCAGACGAUGAUGGAGAUCAACUUCUUUCACGCGCUGCUCGUGGGGCUGGGGUGGAAGGAUCCCCCUGACGUGCACUCUGCUCUGGUCACCAACCAGCUGCAGCACAUUGACUUUGACAGCUACGGCGCUGCUGCUGGGUAUGGUGGUGGUGGUGGUGCUGGCGGGUAUGGUGCUGCUGCUGGGUUCAACGGUGGUGGUCCUGGAGAGGAAGGGGAGAUAGCGGGAGUGUUUGCCCGAGUUGGUAGCAUGGGUGGGAGGAGUUUCAAGAACGCUGAAGGCAGCACCAGCACCAGUCAACUUGUGAGGCGCCUCAGAAGUUUUGGAGAAGAAGGGGAGAGAGGGGGAGCAGGAUUCGACCGAGGUGGUAGCAUGGGCGGGAGGAGUUUCAAGAAUGCGGACCGACCAACCAGCAGCGGCAGCGGUCAUCUCAAGUCAAGCAAGUCACUCAAGAGGCGGUUCGCCAGGGGAAGCGCGUCGCAGGGAGGUUCUUUCAAAAACGGCGAAUUUAGGGCAGGCUCUCUCAAGUCAACAACCUCAUUCAAAGCAGAUCUGUUCCGAAAGCAACAGUCUUUCCAGCAGUCUAACCUUGGCAAGGAGGGGGCGAGAGAAGCAAGAGAGGCAAGGGAGGGAAGGGAGGGAAGGGAGUCAACGCCAGUCAAGAGGGCAGCGUCGUUCCGGGCAGAGUCAAUGCGGUCAGCCUCGCUCAAACAGUCCAACGCUUUCCAGGGGGGGCCUGUGGCUCGGGCUGGAGGGUUCCGGAGCGCUUCUGUGCCUGGAGGUGAAGGGAUCAGGGAGGUGACGGGAGAGCGGGAGCAGCAGAGGCAGGAGUAUGGGCAGGAAGGGAGGGCGAAGCAGUUUGUACGGCUGGAGAGUAAGAAAGGAAGCUUCAUGAAAGCAGAGAGUUUCAAAAGGCCUGGGUCUGGUGGGACUGGUGGGUCGGGUGGUUCUCGAGAUAGGGAUGGGACUGGAAGCCUGGGUGCAGGAGCGGGCUUGGCUCAGUCGGGCAGCUUGAGCAAAACGGGCAGUUUUAAGAGAUCGGGCAGUGCACUCCGUGCUCCCAGCUUCAAGCGUCCUGCCAGCAGUCGAGAGGAGGGGAGUGAGAGGGACGGGAGUGGGAUAGCAGAGCAGCAGCCGCAGCCGCCGCCGCAGCAGCAGGGGCCGAUAUUGAAGCCCGAGGGGCUGUUUAAGAAGCUAGUCAGCUUUAAAGGGGCUGAGGCUGGGUCGAGCACUGGUGGAAGUUCUGAGAGCACGAGCAGAGGGGGAGUGGAGAGAGGGGCAGGAGGGGGAGCAGGAGGGGGAGCAGGAGGGGGAGCAGGAGGGGGAGCAGGAGGGGGAGCAGGAGGGGGAGCAGGAGGGGGAGCAGGAGGUGCAGGAGCACGGGGAGGAGGAGGAGGAGGAGGGCAAGGGGGUGGGGGAGAGACGAGGCCGGAUAUCAGGUUUGGCGGCAGUGCAAGGGGCAAGUUUGAAGGGGGGCCGGUGUGGCGAUCAACUUGGUGGGGGAAGAAGGGGUGA